GAGUAGAUUGACUUGUGUGUUCGAAUAGUGUAUUACUACGAAAUUUCGACAAUGAGCUAUAUCACCAAAGAAGACACCUUCUGAGUCUAACCAAUUGAAACUCCCCAAUUUUCCAUUUUCUUCCCAUCAAAUCAAACCAUACCCAAAACACACAAAAAUAUUCACCAAAAAAACGUCUUUCUCUAUCCUCCCCUUCUUUCUCUCUCUUCUUGGGGUUGCUGCUGUUGGUAAAAUAACCGAAGAAGAAGAAGUAGCAGAAGAAGAAAGUAGGAGGUGAUGACAGGAAGAAAUAUAGACGCAUUAAUAGCAAGUACAAAUUCAUCAACUUCCUCAGAUCAAUUGUUAAUGUUCCCUCCUAAUUUCCCUCUUGUUUCUGCUCUUCUUGCUAUUUCUCUUGCUCAAUUUCUUAAGAUCUUCACCUCCUGGUUCAAAGAAAAGAAAUGGGACUCUAGAAGGAUGCUAAGUUCUGGCGGCAUGCCAUCAUCACAUUCAGCAGGCGUGUCAGCUCUUGCCGUGGCAAUUGGUGUGCAAGAAGGAACAGGUGGAUCAGCAUUUGCUCUAGCUGUCGUUUUGGCUUGCGUUGUGAUGUAUGACGCCUCUGGUGUGAGACUUCAUGCUGGUCAGCAAGCUCAAUUAUUGAAUCAAAUGGUUUGUGAGCUGCCUCCUGAACAUCCUCUUUCUAAUUGUAAACCUCUGCGAGACUCAUUGGGUCAUACUCCUCUACAGGUUGGAGCAGGUGCUAUAUUGGGCUGUGUUGUUGCUUACCUUAUGAAGUUUUACAGAUAGGUGCCCUAAAAACUGAUUGCAAUUCCUAAUCCUGUGGCAACUGUAAGAGUUUGAGCAGCAUGGGCAGUUUUUAUGGUUUGGUGGACAGUCAAGCUCAAGGAGCAGAACUGUCGUCAAUUUUGUUAUCCUGUUGUUCGAACACAGCUGAACGAAAUAGCAAUCACUCCUCAAAAUGUCAUAUAUAUAGUAGAUUAGUAUUAGCGCCAUCUUAUUGGAACUUCCCAGUUUCACCAAUUUUUUUAGGACUACCAUUUUUAGUCCAGUGUAUCUAUUGUUUCUGUUUUGGAUCUUGGAAAAAGUUGUAGAUAAAGAAAGAAGCUGUAUUCGAUUGUGUGCAGGCCUAGUUUUUUCUUCAAGGAAAAAAAAGCAUGGCCAAAAUUAUACUUGCAUAAUUUCCAAUUUAGAAUGUCAAUGGAGAAGUAGUUUUUUUGUGGAUCA